CUGCUAACACCGCCGUUACGCCCGUCUGACGAGAGUCCAAGAGGUUGGAGCAGGAAACUUUGGAGGCAAAGAAACAAUAUGAAGAGUCUCCCUCGGUUCACACGCGAGCACACUGUCACAAAAAACAGACUGAGCUUCAAUUGAGGGUGAAACAACAAGAUAUGUACUGGAAGCAAAGGGGAAACAUUAAGUGGUUAAAAGAAGGGGACGCCAACACCAAGUUUUUUCAUAGGGCAGCAAAGGAAAAAGUGAGCAAGCAACACAUUCAUGCGAUUAAGAAGCAUAACAGUGAGUGGUGUUAUACGGCUAAAGAGAUUGGGGAGGAGGCUGUCUCUUUUUUCAAAAAUUUGUAUAGUUUUGAGCAUACAGGUUCGUUUGACAAGAUUUUGGAUGUUGUGCCAAGCCUUUUGGAGGAGGAGGAUAAUAACAGACUGGUUGGGCUACCUGGGGAAUUGGAGGUUAGGGAGGCUGUUUAGGGGGCUUAAUCCAGAUUCAGCUGUUGGGAGAUCAUCAAACAGGAUGUCUUAUUAGCAGUUCAUGAAUUUUUCAUGGGGUUUAAUAUUCCAAAAGGUGUAGGAAGCGUGAAUAUGGUUCUCAUUCUGAAGAAGAAAUUUUUUACCACCUUUAGGGAUUUCUCGUUCGAAGUAUUGUCUAAUUGUUUUUCAUGGAUUCAUCAUUAAAUAUACACGGUAUACGUUAUUGGUGAGAUUUCUCUUUUACUUUUUAAAUUCUUCUAAUUAUUCUUAGAUUAUUCGACUGUUGAAAUAUGGGCAUAUCUCACACAAGCGGUAUUCUCAAAAUUCCGCAAAAGCAUCGGCGAGAUUAACAGCUUCACGAAUAAAUUGGUUUGAGAUAGGUUUAUA